AUGACUAAUGCCAAUGGUUUUGAGGGGAAUUCCGAUCUUUACGGCAUGGGCGUGAGGAUCGGCCUCUAUACUCAAUGGAUCGCGACUCUCCUCGUCACUCUCUUUAUUCCCUCUGAUGAAGCGACUCACCGCGCCGUAAACAUCGUCAUCCAGUCGGCUAUUUUCCUCGGACUAUGCACAGAGUCCAACGACAAGGUCAAUGCUGUGGGCUCGGUCAUCACCAUGGCCUUGCUGUGUGGAUCUCUCUCCAGCGUGACGGGAGAUGGAAUAUGUCACCUUGAUCGGCUCGUUGGUCUUUUCCGAGUUGCAUUCUACACGGCGCUUUCUGCGUAUGGAUGUUGGUUCUGGUUCAGCGGCAUCGACAAGAUGGCGUCCUCAGGCUCUGAGCAGAUUGUGUUUUUUGGAGCAACUUCCAUCCACAGCGGGAUCCGAACUUUUGGCAAGGUCGUUUCAGUCAUUGGGCUUGCUGCUACGACCGUCCUCACCUGCUUGUCUGAGUGGGCGUAG